CUGAUGGUUCAGGGAUGGAGUCUCCGGGCUGGGCAUUCAUCCUGCUGCAGUUCUGGGGCCUGCAGGAAGCUGUCAGCCUGAGUGUGGAGCAGUGGCCCCAUUCGAUGAGGGUGACACAGGGCGAUGAGAUGUGGCUGUCCUGUGGCGUGAAUCAGAGUCAGGCCUGGGAGAGGCUGCGUGUGGAGUGGAUCCGGGACAAGGUCGUUCUCUGCCACCUGCUCAUCUCGAAUGGCAACCUCAGCACUGUGGACUGUGGGGCUCGGGGGCAGCUGUCCUGGCAGUCACUUACAAACUUUAGCCUGCGACUGGACCACCUGAGCCUCAACGACAGCGGGGAUUACAUGUGCCGGGCCACCCUGGAGAUCCCCAAGUUGCAAAAGGCCGAGGGCAAUGGGACCAAGGUCCUGGUAGAGGCAGGUGACCUCCAGCUGAAGGAGACCUCUUCAGGGCUCCUGUUGAUGCUUCUGGUGGCUGGGGGUGUGGUGGCAGCCUUGGUGGUACUGGGUGCUGUGUUGUGGGGUCUCAGCAGGUGUCGCCGUGAGGACUCAGCAACGUCCUUUACCGGCCCCGGGAGAUCCCACCCAGGCCUCGGGCCCGGCCUAAGAAGAAGGAUGCAGGCAGUGAACAGAGAGCCCAGGUUAUAUAUUCCACCGCCUUCCCCAAACCUGCUCCACGCCAACUUCCGGUCUCCAAACCCAGCCCCAGGCCCAGGCCUGGCUACCCCAUCUCAGUCCACUGUGCGACUUCUGCAAGUCGCAGGAAGUAGGGAAAGGCCACCUGCCGAGAGGAAUCCUCGAAGUCAAAGAGGCAUUGGAGAUCCUUGAGAGCACAA